GUUGGACCACGUGUCUCGUGCCGGCGUGCUUCAUUACUUUUCAUUCCGACUCGAGUCCGGCAGGGAGUAGACCGUAAGAUGGCGGCGCGGUGGGGAGCGGGAGAGGAGACUUUAACUGCGUGCAAUAUGGAAUUUUUCCCCAUUGAUACACUAGACGAGUCUGCUGCGUUGAGCCCUGAAGAAUCCCUGGAGGUUCUUCAAAGCUGCUUAGACCCCUCAAUCCUUUCUAUCUUUGAGGACACACCAACAAUAGAGGCUAAAGGACUAGACGAGGAAAGUGAAGCCACGCUGCUAACCGCCCUGACAGAGAUCCUUGACAAUGUAGAUGACGAGAACCUGUCCCCAUUUGACACACUGCCUGACUCAGACCUGCUGUCAGGUCAGAAGGGCAGGGAACACUCUCCGCUCAGGAAAUUGCUGUGUCUAUCCCGUUCGCCUCCAGAAAAAGAAAAACUGUGUAAUCCACGAGCUUUAUCAGCUGGAAAGAGCCUCCCUAGAAUACAAACAGACUCUCUCCAGAGGAGUGAUGGGGAGGAAGAGGAAGAUGGCUCCCUCACUCUGAGCCCAUUGAGGCAGGACUCAUGUCCUGAGAAUGGCCUGCUAGACUGGGAAGGUCUGACCCUGUCACAUCCGGUCACCUUUGAACAGGAGGGUGAAGACGGUCUUUCAGUUAGCCUGGGGGACUUGGUCAGGCAUAUGCACCCAUACUGUAUGACCAUAUGUGUGGAGAAUGAGGAGGGAGAACAGAUGUUGCCUGAGGGAGGUAUAUUACUUGAGGUUGUGGAUCAGGGGGAAAAUGGAGAACCAAUCCUGGCCAUCCCAAACAUGGAUCUACCGGUCUCUGUGCCUCUUAAAGAUCUGUCUUCAGAAGAUGAGCAGAAAGCUUCAGAUGAAGCAGAAGAGGUGGCCUCUGACAGUUCAGAGCAUAUAGUUGUUGAUGAUGAUGAAGAUCCAGUCAGUGAGGCUUCAGUAAAAACUGCACCUCCAGUGACAAAAAGCCUAUGUUCAGAUGUUAAAGAUAAGAUGAUCAUUAAGAGACAGAAGGAGGAGAUUAGGGAGAAAAGCCCAUCCCGGAGGAAAAAGAAAAAGAAAUGCAAAAAACAGUGCCAGCCUAAUCCUGCGGAGGAAAGGGUCCUUCGGAGUGGCACUGCAAGAAAGACUCAAGAAACACCCAAAAAGCCUGAAAAAUUAUCUGUUAAAGCAGAGAAGAAACCUAACGUCCCAAAAGUUCCUCUUGAAUCAACUCCAGCUUCAACCCCUGAUAAAUCUACAGAAGAAGAUUCAUGCCAAAGUGAAACACAAGCAGAACUCACCACUACAACACUAUUAACUGAAAACAAUGUGCAGUGUCUGUCACCCAGACAGGACACAGCUCCAUUAAGUUCUAGUCCUGAAAAGAGUCAGUCUAGCUGUUUACCAACAGCAGUGAGCUCCCAACAGCCUGACAAAACACCAAAACCCCUUGUUGAGCUAGAAGACUCGUCCCUGGCUCCUGCUGUUAUUCUCUCCCCAGUGUCUUCAGAGAGCCCCACUGCUGCUCCUAGCUCUGUGACUGCUCAGAUGACACCGGCUGUUAGUGAGGCCCUCCCUCCUGUGGCCCCAACAUUUCCAGAGCCUAAACCCAAAUCACUCAGCCUGGCAGAGUACAGGCGGCUUCGACAGCAGAAAAAGCCUGCCCCGCUGGAAAAACUGGACAGCAACACCACUAAGUGGCCAAGUCUUCCAGAGCUCCCUAAAGAGCUCCUCCCUAUUCCCUGCCUGCCUGACCCAAGCCCCAAAGAUCCUCGACGGCCCAGCCCCCAGGCAGCAAAGAAGGAAGUGGAGGAGGUCAAACCUGCCUGGCAGCCGAGGGGACCAUGUGCACCACCCACCCCUGAGGCUUUGUUGGUGCCACCAGCCUACAUGGUUGCUUCAUCAAGUAAAGUUUCUGCUGCUGCUGCUGCUGUUCCUAGACCUCAGCAAACACCUGAACCUUCCACACUUUCUCCACCCCAAAAACUCCCAGUCCCUCUCCCUAGUUCUGUUAAUUCAACUACACAAAACCACAACACUGCUCAGCUUACAGUACCUUGUGUGCCUCAAAGCAUUGGAUCUUCAGCAUCUUUAAAACCUGCCACUCAGCUCACGUCUUCAGUAGAUGGGAAAUGUCCCUCUGCACUGUCAGGAGGAAAGGCUAGAGUUAUUGUAAUCCCCAAGGCUUUACCUGAGUCUUCCAAGUUUGUGGAGAGCUCUGAGACCUGUCCUAAAACCACUACAGUUGCUGCUAUGUGCUCUGGUCCCAGUGCCCUCCGGAAGACCGCUGUUGCUUCCCAGAAGGUGCCUGUGGUAGCUGCACUUACCUCGUUUAAUAACCCUGUCCCCUCCGAAAGCAAGUCUUCCAAACCUACACCUAGUGGUACCCAGCUUUUGAACUCCCAGAGUCUAAUGAAGGAACCUGAUGUGCUUGAAACUAAAAAGACACCCACUACAACGGUGACACCACAGAGAGCAAAGAGCCCCACACAGGAGCUGAUUGAGGCGUUCACCAGUGAAAUAGGCAUUGAAGCUGCUGAUCUGACCAGCUUAUUGGAGCAGUUUGAGGAGACUCAAGCCAAAGAGGAGCAAUGUGUGCCGGAGGUCUCUGGUAGAGCAGCAGCUGUAGGAAACUCGAGCGUUGAAUUGGUUCCAGAAAAAACUGUUGUGGAGCGUGUAAGAGCAAAUGACCUCUCAAGUACUGCAGCUUUGACUCCCCCAGCCACUCCUCCUCACCACAUGUGGAAACCUCUGGCCCCUGUGGCCUUACUGGGGAAGAGCAAGACUGCUGAGGCCUCCAAGUUGAGUCCCUCUAAAGUUAUCCAGAUAGAAGCCCGGCCUUUGCCGUCAGUCAGGUCCCGAAGCAAACCCACUCCCGCUGCUGCCACUGUAGCCCCUGACCUGGCAUGCAUGGAUCAUGACUACUGCCUCCCCAACAAAGGCACUUUGCCAGGAGAGCAAGGCAAGCACUGGAAUGUCAAACAGCAAUCUUUUAUCACUAUUAAACCCAUCAAACAGCAUGCUGCAACCACUACACAAACACCCACAGCUGUUCCAGCAUCACCUCUGCAGUCAACCACAAAUCCUACGGUUUCAACCAAAGCACCAGAGUUUCCACUGACAGGACCCCUGGAGACAAAUGAUGAGAUGGAGGGAAGCUCAGUUCUAGAAACUCCGGAUGCUUCCCCUGCUCAACAGGAGACUGAAUCCACUUUCAAAGACAGAAGCCCCAGGAAAGGGCCACAUGAGAGGUCCUACCGUCGACAUGCCGCUUCUCGCUCACCCAGCCCUAGAUACAGUCCCAAAGCGAGGACCGGAGGACGCUCUAGAAAAAGAAGAUCUCGUCAUUCUCCCAGCCCUGUGUCCGGCUGUUCAGAGUCGGACUGCUAUUCCUCUAGAUCUCGUUCUAGAUCAUGCUCGCCAGCAAAGAAAAGGUAUCGUCACCGUAACUCUGAGAGCAGUUCAAGCUCCUCAUCCCGUUCCUCGUCUCGGUUCUCUCGCUCUGUGUCCCAUUCACCUCCGAGGAGGAGGAGGUACUCCUAUUCUUCCUCUCGUUCUGGCUCUUGGAGUCGCUCCAGGUCGCGUUCUUGCUCCCCUCAAAGACGAGCACAGUGGCGUAGAAGCAGAGAAUUGUACAGUCCUUCAUAUAGGCCAAGCUAUGGCAACGAACCAAAGGCAAACAUGGAAGAGGUGAAAAGGCGGAAGGAGAAAGCCAUUGAGGAGCGCCGGGUUGUUUAUGUUGGUCGAAUCCGAGGGACAAUGACCCAAAAAGAACUUGGGGAGCGCUUCUCUUUGUUUGGUGAUAUUGAGGAAUGUACCCUGCACUUUAGAGACCAUGGGGACAACUAUGGGUUUGUGACUUAUUAUGACACCAAGGAUGCGUUCACGGCCAUUGAGAAUGGAAGUAAGCUGCGCAAGCCUGAUGAGCUGCCAUUUGAUCUCUGUUUUGGUGGAAGGAGACAGUUCUGCCAGACCAGCUAUGCUGAUUUGGAUUCAAGUAGAGAGUACGAUCCAUUGCCCGCGAAAGGCAAGUAUCAUGCACUAGACUUCGACACUUUACUGAAGCAGGCCCAGCAGAAUCUGAAGAGGUAACAGGAGGCCUGCAGCAGGAAGCAGCUGACACUUACCUCAGAGCCGAAGGUUGGCUCCUCACCUGCAACACUGUCUUUACAUUUUAGUUGUUGCAUUAGUUUUUUUUUCGUUUUAUUUUGUUUCUGCAAGCUAACACCUUCUAUUGAAGUGAAAAUUUAUAAUGAAAGUAGGAAAAGAAGUCAAAAAAAUGGAAUAAGUGAAAUUAAAUUUUUUAAAGUUUAUUUAAAUGUACAAUUGACUUUGAAUUGUAUGGAGAGAGAAUCAUUUUUAAAAGGGUAAAAAGUGGUGGAAUAAAACUCCCUAAUUAUCAGGAGAGGAUGUAUUACAUUGAAAUGUACUACAAACCUAAAUAAAAAGGUAAAAUGGAAA